GUAUUCACCAACAAUUCUUUAGCAAUUCUUAGACUUGAAAAUAAAGAAAAUUCUUAAGUCUAAGAAAAAAUUCUUAAGUCUUAUUCACGAACUCAUUUUGUUAAAGAAAAUUCUUAAGAAUAAAGAAUUUUCUUUAAAAUUCUAAGAAUGCUUCGGGGCAUUCUUAGAAUAAUUCUUUAAGCUUCCAAGAUGGCCGUUCGCGUUAUGCGUUACGCCAAUAUCUUGUUUGAAAACGUCGAAAAUGUCCCGCGUAGAAGAUUGUUUGACAGAGAAAAUCCUCUAGACGGUUUGUCGGAAAUGGAGGUUUAUAGGAGAUACCGAUUUAUUCCGGCAACUAUACUGACCUUAUUAAAUUUGGUCGCCGAUUCUCUGGACUUUGGAACGCUGCGGAAUUCUCCUCUCCUGCCGAUCCAGCAGCUGUGCAUAUUUCUUCGUGCCAUGGCGACUGGAUCCUUCCAACUAGUCGUAGGAGACACUGUUCGAGUCAGUCAGCCAUCCGUAUCAAGAUGCUGCCGACGAGUUGGACGAGCAAUAGCUCGACUAGCUCGCCGUUACGUACGGUUUCCUGACAGGGAAGAGUGCAAAACUCUAAAAUCCAGAUUUCAGUCCAUUGCUGGAUUUCCAAAUGUAAUCGGACUGAUUGAUGGAACUCAUGUUCGCAUUCAAAGGCCAAAGAACCACGAAGCCGAUUUCAUAAAUAGAAAAGGCUACCAUUCUUUGAACGUGCAAAUGGUAUGUGACCACAGCAAAAAAGUGAGGAGCUUAACAGCUAAAUGGCCAGGAAGCACACAUGAUGCGAGAAUAUGGAGAGAGUGUCAUCUACGGAACCAGUUCGAACAAGGAGCUCAUAAUGGCUUCAUUCUUGGAGACUCUGGGUACCCAUGUACACCCUACCUGAUGACUCCUUUCCGAACCCCCGAAGCACAGAAUCAAGAGCAGUUUAAUCUUGCUCUGUGCAAAACAAGAGUGCUUGUGGAGCAGACCUUUGGUAUUAUAAAAAGAAGAUUCGCAAUACUCCAUUACGGGAAAAGGACUGACUUGGCGACAGCAGUGACCUAUAUCACUGCGUGUGUAGUUAUGCACAAUUUUGGAAUUGAACAUGGGGAUAUCCUUGAAGAGGAUUAUUUGGAUGAUGUUUUUGAAGAACAAGUUUAUCAUGAAAAUGUUGAAAUAAAUGCAAACCAUGUUGGUAACAUUGUAAGGCAACAACUAGUUCAGAGAUUUUUCAAUUAAAUAAAAUAAUGUACUGAGUUAAACUUCUCUAAACAGUGUGAUGAGUUAAACUUCUCUAAAAAGUGUGAUGAGUUAAACUUCUCUAAAAAGUGUGAUGAGUUAAACUUCUCUAAAAAGUGUGAUGAGUUAAACUUCUCUAAAAAGUGUGAUGAGUUAAACUU